AUGUCCGCUUCACCAUUUGGUCGUUUCGCCGUUUUGCCCUCCGAAAUACGCUUGCUCAUCUGGGAGGAGCUUGUUAAAGGGGGAUACCUUGCGAUUCUUCGAACUAGUCAGGCAAUUUACCACGAUAUAGCCGACCGUCUUUACGACACAUUUGAUAUCCAUCUUACCACACUUCUAGAAGAUCCGUGGAUCGAAAUUCGCUGCAAACGACUACGCGCCAGCUGGGUGAUCGGAAGACAAGAUUUUCUCAAAUUUAGUGAUCUGGCAAGGGUACCAUAUGACAAGGUGAAACUUGUUGUUCACAUAUAUGCGCCUGAUCCUGACGAUUGCGGCCAAUUCAUCUUGCUCUGGGAGAAGAUAUCAAGACUCACCCGAAUGCUGUGCCACGCAGACGACUCAAGAAAUUACAACAUAUAUUGGCGUAGGCUGGGUUACGAACCAUUACGUCACUGCGAGCCUAGCCCCGAAACUUUCAUAUCUAUGGUGAUUCGUCUACGCAAGCAUAAUGGUGUUGACUGGGUCAAUGACGGCCAGGUCACUUCGACCUUCUGCACCGAAGGUCUUGGAUACGACUUCAACGAAGUCUUAUUGCCAUUUUGUCGUCUAUCCCGUGUUAGAAGGUUUCGUGUCAUUCCGGACACAGAAGAAAUGACUGAAGCAGCUGACUGGGGGUUUGUCAACUAUGCAAGUGCGUUCAUCAUGUCAGAAGGGUUUGUCACUUCCAACGACACGUUCUACAGUGAUGACCCCGAAUACAGGGAUAUAGCCCGUACUUUCGAUAGUAUAGCGGGCUUGGUGGGCGGCAGAGACGACUUUAUCCUUGCCUUGGAGGCAGUUUAUCUGCCUCACAUUUCCGGGCGUACUGCAGCACUCAUGCGCCGUGAGCAUUACACUUUACUUCUUGACAUGAUGGUCUGGAGGAAGCCAAUACCAGAGAAGCACUACACACGAUGA